UGACUAACUGUACUACACGUCGAGUAGAAUACAUACGCCCAUCUUCCAAGGGUAUGCCCUGCUUGUGCAACGGUUGAUGCCAUUUCGGAAUUACAUUUGGUUUCAGUAUUUAGCAUUGGCAAACAGAAAGGUAAAAAAGCUGUAAAACAGGAGGAAUUACUAGAAGUUCCGAAGGGCUGGAAGGAACCGGGAAUCACAAUGGAACAAAACCCACAAGGCAUGGUCAGCGAAAGCUCAUUUGCCACACUGUUCCCUAAAUACAGAGAAGCCUACAUCAGUGACUGCUGGCCACUUGUGAAGAAAACAUUAGCAGAUCAUAACAUUAAGGCUGAUUUAGAUGUUGUAGAAGGUAGCAUGACAGUACGAACAACACGAAAGACAUGGGAUCCUUACAUCGUUGUAAAAGCCAGAGAUCUUCUCAAACUGCUGGCCAGAAGUGUACCGUAUGAACAGGCUAUAAGAGUGUUGGAAGAUGAAGUUGCAUGUGAUAUAAUUAAAAUUGGUACCCUGACGAGGAACAAGGACAGAUUCGUUAAAAGGAGACAGCGUUUGAUUGGUCCAGAUGGCUCCACCCUCAAAGCAAUUGAAAUCCUGACAGACUGUUAUGUACUUGUACAGGGAAACACAGUUUCUGCACUGGGACCAUACAAAGGACUCAGAGAGGUCAGGAAGAUAGUGGAGGACACCAUGAAAAAUAUCCACCCUAUUUACAACAUCAAGACAUUAAUGAUUAAGAGGGAAUUGGCAAAGGAUCCUGAACUGCGAAAUGAGAAUUGGGAAAGGUUUUUACCCAAAUUCAAAUCUAAGAAUAUCAGUAAGCGUAAACAACCAAAGAAGAAGAGAGUGAAGAAACCAUAUACACCAUUCCCUCCUCCUCAACCAGAGAGCAAGGUCGACAAAGAAUUAGCAUCUGGUGAAUACUUCUUGAAACCUCAGCAGAAGAAAGCCAAGAUACAGCAGGAAAAGAAGGAGAAGCAGUUAAAAGCUGUACAGAAAAAUCAGGAAAAGCGAGCCAGGGCAUUUGUGGCUCCCAAAGAAGACUCAGCACCACCCAAAAAGAAGCAGAAAGUCACAGAGGAUGUUAACGUGGAGGAGUUGAAGAAGAAAAUCAAGAAAUCUCAAAAGAAAAAAAUAGGAAAAUCUUGAUGGACAUAAAGGGAAGUAACUGUUGGGCUUUCACUUUGGAUGUGGACGAGAACAAUAGAUGUCGGACAUGGUGAAGCCGUGUCUUGGGAGUACAGCUUCAUUCGUUAUCAUACAGUUCAUGCGGUACUGAAAAUUCAGGCAGAAAGACAAGAUGACUUAGUGAUGUACAUAUUGUUUCUAAUUAUGAUAUAGACUUGAUGUAAUUUUAAAAUGAUUAAAGAUGUAAAACAAAGUUUGCUUGAUAAAAGAAUGAUGAAUAAAAGAAAUACUGUAGAUUCCU